AUGGAUUCUUUGUUGGAUUACUCAACUGCACUCUCUAAUGAGACUGAUCAAGAAGCUCUACUAGCUCUCCAAAAUCUUAUUACAAGUCCUAAUAAUUUUUUGGCGAAUAAUUGGACCAAGACUACUUCUUUUUGCUCUUGGUUCGGUGUCACUUGCAGUUUAAAAAGGCCAAGGGUUGUAGCCUUGGCUCUUCCUAAUUUGCAACUUCAAGGCACAAUUUCGCCGUCUUUGGCCAAUUUGUCCUUUCUCAGAGAGCCCAAUCUCAAGAACAACUUAUUUCAUGGGGGCAUCCCUUAUGGCCUUGGCCACUUGCCUCGCCUGAGAGUCAUUGAUAUUCAGAACAAUCAACUCAAAGGAAAUAUUCCGACAAGUGUAUUUCAACACCGGAGAGUUCAAAAAAUUUCACUUGCUUUCAAUGAAUUUAGUGGUGAAAUGUGGAAAGGGCCAAGAAUUAGCGGCAACCUUCCAAAUAAAUUCGGUAAUAUGAGUCAACUUGCAUUUUUGUCCUUGAUCGACAAUCAAUUAACAGGUUCUAUUCCCGCGGCACUGUUUAAUAUCUCAUCGCUAGUUGGUAUGUCUGUGUCAUUGAAUAGUCUUUCGGGUCCUCUCUUGCUUGAUGAAGGGAAUAUUGUGUCAAAUCUUGAGGUCUUAAGUAUGUCUUACAACCAAAUUUCUGGUCACAUCCCUUCCAACAUAUGCCAACUCACACAACUCAAAAUAUUGUCCAUAUCUUUUAACAAUGUAAUUGGAGAUAUACCAAGAAAUAUUGGUUGUUUAUCCAAACUCGAGGAGUUUUAUAUUGGUCAUAAUCCCAUAAAAGGUACUAUCCCUGCUUCAUUGGGAAAUACAUCCACUCUGCGAAAUCUUUAUUGUGCGCUCAAUUACUUGGAGGGGCCAAUUCCUCCAGAAUUGGCGAAGCUAUCUAAUUUGUGCUAUUUUAACAUAUCUUCAUUGAAAUACAUUGGUUUCAAUUUGAACAACCUUUCGGGGAGAAUUCCUACCACUACCGGUUUUCAUCUUCCAAACCUUAUAUCCCUUGUCUUGGGGGGAAAUCAGCUGGAAGGGGAAAUUCCAUUGUUCAUAACAAAUGCUUCCAAUCUUAAGAUACUGGAUCUAGCCGGCAACUUUCUCACAGGAACUAUUCCUACUAAUUUGGGAAAUCUUCAUGAGUUGCAAAGACUUCUCCUACAUAGUAAUCAACUUACCAAUGAACCAACAGAACAUGAGUUGCGAUUAUUCAAUUCAUUGGUGGACUGUAGGAUGUUGCGAUAUCUACAAGUAGGCUCCAAUCCAUUGAAUGGUGUUCUGCCCAAUUCUAUUGGGAAUGUUUCAUCUACAAUUGAAAUAUUAUAUAUAGGAGAUACCCACCUCAAUGGCCUCAUCCCCCAGGGACAUAUUGCGGAGGCGGUAUGCCAUUUAUCUAAUUUGGUCAAAUUAGAUAUGGAUCGUAAUGAGCCACAGGAGUGA